UUGGUGCACCUAGCCAAAUGUGAUGCUGAAUCUUUCAUGCGGGUCCAAGCCCCCCAGGCAGCACAGCAUCAAUCAUCAAAUUGCCCUCGCGGCUGUUGUGCAAUUCACAGGAAUUGUUGUGUGUCUCCCAUAACAACCAAGGACUCCAGCACACACAGUUGCACACCACGGAGCCCUGAAAACAAGUUUUCUAGAUAGGCCAAAUUGAACAAUGCAAACUCAAGAUGAAGAAUCCUGCAAACCAGCACCACGGAACUGUCCCGGAGCAUCAUCAAGCGCACGAUCGACAAGUUUGCCUAACACAUCCAUCCCAGGCAGAGUUAGAGAAGAGAUGUGUGCAUUUGUGUCCAGACAUCGCGCCCAAUAACCAAAAUAUUCCGAUUUCUGGAAACGUUUCACCACGAGCGAAAACAGCUAUGGCAGCCGUGGAUGACAGACGUAUGUGGGAGUGGGACCCAUAUGAAACAUCGCAGAAAAGAGAUUUCAUUUAUCGACCCAGUUCAUCAACACCAGUUUUACCUCCUACAAAGACAAGAGCCCAUAGAAACUCCUAUGCACUAGCUUGUCCUGUGGGUGCCACUGUGUACAAUGAGGACUUCUGUUGGAAGCCAGCCACUAAACCUGACAGCAUUCACACAGGAUCAACCUCUGGGAACAGGAGGAACAACCCACAUCCCAGUCAGUCAUUCAUGGUGUGGAGACUGCCCAAGGGCCAGAAGCAGAGCUCUGUAGGUGGUUGGUCCCCCUGGAAAAGUCCUCCUUCUGAGGAAGAGAUCCGAAAUGCUCUGACUGCCCAGUACCGGUCCACCUACCGGACUGACUACCUGGGCAUGCCUCAAGGACUUCAGUUGAUCCCCCCGAUUCUCACUCCGCUGAACCACAAGCGCCAAGUCCCUCACUGCACUCACACAGAGAUGAGGCACAACUACCGCCAGCCCAGGGAACGGUCUGAACUGCGGGGCAACAUGUCGCGCUACGGCUGCAACGCACUGCACGGCGUUGCCCCCAGGGGUAUAGUUCCUACUGUUGUUCAUGGUCACAUCCACAACCAGGAAAAUAGUUCCCAGUUGACCACCUACGACAGACACUUUGGAGGGAUAACGACCGAUGUCUCGGCCGUGCUCCGCUCUCUACAACCUCAAGAGCUCCAGCAGUUCUGCAGACAUCUACCUGACAAAGAUAAGGAGGUUGUGCAGACAUUUUUGCACCGAGUGCCCCCUACCGGCCAGGUGAAGAGAGGUACAAAGUCACCUGUCCUCCCUCCUGCGUUGUAUAGGUCAGAGUGGAUGUCUGGCUGGCCCGGGCCCCUGUGAUACUUGACUUUCUGUAGCAUCCCGCCACAAUCAUGUGACAACCAGAGGCACUGUCCAGUCAACAAGUGCCUUUGUGGGACUGUGUGUACGAGUGUUUAUGCUCUGUUUGUGAGUUUUAUUUGCAGUGUUGUAACUGCCUUGACAUUUCUGAAAAUAAAGCCAAUCAAUCUAAUGCAACGAUACUUUCGUUUACAUCUGCAAUCUAACUAUAACAGUACUGAAUAACACCAUUGUGAUACUUUCUUUAGCAUGUUGUACUGUAGAUUUCACAGAUGUAAGUGCAGUUUUACUUGCUGAAUCAAAUUCUUCUUUGGUACAGUUACCAUGAUUCCAGAACCAAACCUCAGAUUUAUCAAUAGUAGGCCUACUUCUUUAGAAGGCGUCAGAAUGAGGUUUCAGAGACAGUCAGUAGUGUAAUACCGUCAUUAUAACAUGCUAGUACGAAAGUGUCUGCACCCACUACUGUAAGUCAUUACUAAAUUACUCAAAUGUCAAAAGUAAAUGUAGUAACAUAACAAUAACACAUGUUUACACCAAUAGGGUGGUGCCCUUUAGAUCUAAUCCAAGGUUUUGUCUGCUCUGUGGAACUGACAAUAUUCGCAGAAAUGCAUCCAGUAGUUAUCUUAGUAUCUUAGUUACCAGAGAGCCACCCACGUGAGUCCAGGUGAAAGGUUAGAGUGUCAGGUAAUGUGACAUCUGGAGAAGCAGAGGCUGUGGGCUGGGCUGGACUGGCUCUGAAGGGCUGACUGGCUCUGAAGGGCUGAGCUCCUCCAUCCACUCUCACAGAGAACUGAACACUGGACCAGGCUGACAGACAGACAGACAGACAGACAGACAGACAGACAGACAGACAGACAGACAGACAGA